AUGCGGGACGUCCUCAAGACCGAAGAACUCGAGAUCCCCGAAGGUGUCACUGUCGAAGUCAAGUCCCGUCUCAUCAAGGUGGCGGGCCCAAGGGCGACACUCACCAAGAACGUCCGCCAUGUCAACAUGGACAUCCGCCUCAUCAAGGGCAAGGCGAACAAGGUCACUCUCGCCGUUUGGCAGGGCGGUCGCAAGCACGUUGCCUGUUUGCGUACCAUCAAGAGCCUUAUCCUUAACAUGAUUACUGGUGUUACCAAGGGUUUCCUGUACAAAAUGAGGGCCGUCUACGCCCAUUUCCCCAUCAACUGCAUCAUCCAGGCAGACGGCCGGGCUGUCGAGAUCCGGAAUUUCUUGGGCGAGAAGACCGUUCGUCACGUCGACAUGCUGUCGGGCGUCACCAUCUCCGAGUCGAAGACGCAGAAGGAUGAGUUGAUUCUUGAGGGUGCUGAUAUCGACAUGGUCUCGCAAUCAGCGGCAUCUAUCCAGGGCAUCUGCCGAGUGAGGAACAAAGAUAUCCGAAAGUUCUUGGACGGUAUCUACGUCUCGGACAAGACUACCGUCCUCCAGGAGUCGUGA